AUGCUGUUAACUCUUGACGGCCGUGUUCUUCGUCCUCGUUGGAGGUCGUCUAUGGUGACCGGCACGGCAAUGUCGCAGGAUACGGCUACGCGCGACUUCGAUGCGGAGCCACAGGGUCCUGCGGCGGCACGCCAAGAUUCGACCAAGACGCGCUUGGAUCUUGCUGGCGCCGUCGAAGAAGGAAACAUGAGCGACGUUCGCAACAUCGUUACCCGCGAGCUUGGUGACAGAGACGCCGACACCGCGUCAACGACGGUGACAUGGGCUACCGUCUCAUCCGCCAGGCUGCCGUACCUACCGGUGCGCCGCCAACGGCGCCGAACAGUGGCCUGCGCAUCCGUCGUAUACUCGACCGUGGCGCCGUCGGAAAAUGAGCACAUCAGCAAGGCUAUCGUUGACGUGCACAUCCAGCGUGACAGUACCAAAGGUAACCAGAUUGUUGCCUAA